AUGGAACCUGGAGAAUGUGCGGAUUGCAAAGUCAUCAAUAAUAUAAUGGUAAAAUAUCGUCAUCUUAUUCCUAAGUUAGAUAUUAUGUUAGAUGAGCUAUAUGGUACAUUCAUAUUUGGUAAAAUUGACCUUAAGAGCAAAUUUGUUGUGGUUCAUUUUGAUGACAUUUUAGUCUAUAGUAAGGACUUAGAUGAGCAUGUAGAACAUUUAAGAAUUGGUGCUAACAGGGUAGAAGUAGAUGAAAAAAAGGAAUUAUGUUCACUUGUUCGAGCCUUGGAGACAUGGCAGCAUUACCUGUGGCCUAAGGAGUUCGUGAUUCACACUGGCCAUGAGUCAUUGAAGCACUUGAAAGGUCAAGGUAAACUGAACAAAAGGCAUGGAAGGUGGAUAGAAUUCAUAGAGACAUUUCCCUAUGUCAUAGGUACAAGCAAGACAUACUACCAACUCUCGAAAAGACAUACUACCAACUCUCGACUCUUUAACUUUAAUUACAACUCAAUAGCACAUGAUUUUGACAUAGAACUUGCCAAUUACAAUUGA